AUGGAGAAUGGCACAGGAGACGAGCAGAACCAGACUGGGCUGCCACUAUCAAGCCAGGAGAUCAUUACAGCUGAAUACCAAGUGGUUACUAUCCUCUUGGUCCUCCUCAUCUGCGGGCUGGGCAUCGUGGGCAACGUCAUGGUAGUUUUGGUGGUCCUCAGAACCAAGCACAUGAGAACUCCCACUAACUGCUAUCUGGUGAGUCUGGCUGUGGCAGAUCUCAUGGUGCUGGUGGCUGCAGGACUACCCAAUAUCACAGAGAGCCUGUACAGAUCCUGGGUGUACGGCUACGUCGGGUGUCUCUGCAUCACUUAUCUCCAGUACCUGGGAAUCAACGCUUCUUCUUUUUCCAUCGCUGCCUUCACCAUUGAGAGGUACAUAGCCAUCUGCCACCCAAUCAAAGCUCAAUUCCUGUGCACUUUUUCAAGAGCCAAAAAGAUCAUUGUUUUUGUUUGGGCUUUCACCUCCAUAUACUGUAUGCUCUGGUUUUUCUUGCUAGACCUUAAUACAGUAGCCUACAAAGAGACUACUGUUGUGUCCUGUGGCUACAAGGUUUCCAGGAGCUAUUACUCUCCUAUCUACAUGAUGGACUUUGGUAUAUUUUAUGUUGUGCCAAUGGUACUGGCAACUGUCCUCUAUGGCCUGAUUGCUAGAAUACUGUUCCUGAACCCCAUCCCUUCAGACCCAAAAGAAAACUCUAAGACCUGGAGGAAUGAUGUGGCUCACCAAAGCAAGACUGUGAAUUCCAAGAUGACUAGCAGGAGUUUCAAUAGCACUAUUGCUUCUCGAAGGCAGGUUACCAAGAUGCUGGCCGUGGUUGUGAUCCUAUUUGCAUUCCUAUGGAUGCCCUACCGCACCCUGGUUGUUGUCAAUUCCUUUCUUUCCAGACCCUUCCAAGAAAACUGGUUCCUGCUAUUUUGCAGAAUCUGUAUUUAUUUAAAUAGUGCCAUCAAUCCUGUAAUUUAUAAUCUCAUGUCCCAGAAAUUCAGAGCAGCCUUCAGGAAACUGUGCAACUACCAGCAGAAACAGGAGAAGAAACCUGCCAGUUACAGCAUGGCCCUAAAUUAUAAUGUCAUCAAGGAUUCUGAUCAUGACUCUACUGGGCAUUCUCUACAUGGCAAGGAGGACACAAACAAAUUGCCCAGAGAGAAGUGGAAGUGGCUGGAUGUCAACUACUGA